ACAGUUUUUUUUUAAAAAACGAAACGCGAGGAGCGUCCCGGACUCAACCGACAGUUGUUGGUCAGUCGCACCGGCCGGGAGCGGAAGCGGAAGCCGAAGCGAGGGACCCGGGCUCCGCCGCCGCCGCUGCCGUCGCGAGUCCGUAGGCGCAGCGCAGGCGCGGGUCGGUUGCGGCGGCCACGGCGGUAGUGAGGUGGAGGAGAGAGGGAGUGGCCGGGUGAGUCAGAUGCGCUCGGAAUGGGGAAGCCCGUCGACGUGGAGCUCUCCGGCGGCGCGGGAGAUCUCGAGAUCGCCGGCGGCAGAGGCAGAGGAGGAACGGGUGGGAGAGCCUGCGGCGCGAUCGGGCGGGCGGUGUCCUUCCGGUGCGUGCUCGUGCUCCUGCUCGCGGCGGGAGUGCUCAUCCCUGCGCUGUUCCUGCUCGUGCCGUCACGGAAGGAGGGGUACCUCUCUGACGACCCCGACGUGCUCGCCUCUGAAAUCAAGGUUGGUUUCACUUUGGAAAAGCCAGCAUCAUUCCUUAAUGCUCACAUAGACAAGCUAGGGAGUGACAUAUUUGAAGAGAUUGGUGUACCUAAUAGCAAGGUUUCCAUUGUUUCAAUGCGCCCUUUAACUUCUAAGUACUCCACACAUGUUGUUUUUGGUGUUCUUCCUUAUCCAAAAGAUGCUUCAAUAAGUUUACCAGCCCUAAGUGUGCUGAGGUCAUCCUUAAUAGAGAUGAUGCUCCAGCAGGUGAACCUAUCCUUGACACCAUCACUGUUCGGGCAUCCAUCUUCCUUUGAGCUGUUGAGAUUCCCUGGAGGAAUUGAUGUGAUUCCUGCGCAGUCUGGUUCUAUAUGGGCGGACCCCCUAUUCAACUUUGUGCUGAACAACUCCAUUUAUCAGAUCUUGGGUAAUCUUACAGAGCUAAAGGAUCAGCUAAAGCUUGGAUUGAACUUGAGGUCAUAUGAGAAAAUAAUUUUGCAGUUAAGGAAUGAGAUUGGUUCUUCAGUUGAAGCUCCAGCAACUGUCGAGGCAUCGGUGUUAGAUGGAAGCAGUAAUCUUUUACCAGAUAGAUUGAAACAACUAGCCAAGCUAAUCUCAAAACUUAAUGCGAGGAACCUUGGGCUUAAUCACUCUGUAUUUGGUAAAGUAAAAGGUGUUCAGCUGUCAUCAUACCUACAACACAAGAUCUCAGAUUUAUCUCCUAGUCCAUCUCCUUCACCAUCUCCGUCUACAUAUCCAUCUGCAUCACCAUCACCUUCGCCAACACCAUCCUUCUCACCAUUUGGGAGCAUCCCCUACCCUGCACCUCCAACAUAUAUGAACCCGAGUCUCCCUCCUCAGGCUUCACCCCCUCUAUGGAGCAGACACCCUUGCUUUCCAUGUUCCACUUGUAACCGCAUUCCUCCAGCUGGUAGUCCAAUGGUAAAAUCACCUUGCAUCGAUAGGGACCCUAGGCUGCCCCCGUUUAGGCAUUCGCCAGAGCCAUCUGUCGUUCCUUCCCCUCCAACGUUUCCACCAGUUCCUGCUCAUGUAGAUCCCCCCCGUCCCUUACCAACCCCCAAUCACUUUCCGAAAACAGCCCCUGGACCAACUUCUCAAAUGAUGCCAAUACCUUCACCCUCACUGCCUGUGUUUCAACAUUCGGUGCCCCCAAGGAAAAAGAGAAACAGGAGGACAUCUAAGUUCCCUUCAAUUGCUCCAUCUCCAUAUGUUCUCCAUACCUGAAGUUAUGCUUGGUUCAUUGAUCGGAUGCUUGGAUUGGUUCGACUGUUGGUCAGGCAUUAUCAAAAAAAUCUAGCCCGAAAACAAGGCCACUGUGGUUGCAAUUUUGCUGCUUCAAACAUAACCAUAAAUCGCAAUCAUGGGCUAUGGUACUGCAAAGGUCGGGUUGUGGUUAUCUGUAACUUUAACCACAUGGCGGACUCUGGAGCUUCUGAGGUCGGAUUAACUGUAGAUAUAGGUCCAUAUUAUUCUAAUUUACCAGGCUUUUAUGCCACGAAGGUGGCUGCCUACACCUCUACCAAAUUGUAAGUUCUCACCGAAGCUCUGGGGGGCUUUUGGUAGAGGAGAAUGUAGUGACUCCCGUUUCUUGUGUCCUCAUAAUAUAAUAUAACUGGCGAGCAUAAUACAACAUCCAACUUUACCUCUCC